GAGCGUGAAUGCAGCCUGCGGGGACGCGAGCCUCCGAGCCUGCUCCUGGAGAGGGGAGUGCGCCCCACGGACGGCCAUGGAGAAGAUGGCCAGGGUCACCACUGCCUUGGGGGGCAAUGCCCUCACGGGACGGACCAUGUUCUGCCACCUGGAUGCCCCCGCCAAUGCCAUCAGCGUGUGCCGCGAUGCCGCCCAGGUGGUGGUGGCCGGCCGCAACAUCUUCAAGAUCUACUCCAUCGAGGAGGACCAAUUUGUGGAGAAGCUGAACCUCCGCGUCGGCCGCAAACCCUCCUUGAACUUCAGCUGCGCGGACGUGGUGUGGCACCAGAUGGACGAGAACCUGCUGGCCACCGCCGCCACCAACGGCGUGGUCGUCACCUGGAACCUGGGCAAGCCGUCCCGCAACAAGCAGGACCAGCUCUUCACUGAGCACAAGCGCACCGUCAACAAGGUCUGCUUCCACCCCACCGAGGUCUACAUGCUCCUCAGCGGCUCCCAGGAUGGCUACAUGAAAUGCUUCGACCUGCGCAAGAAGGACUCUGUCAGCACCUUCUCCGGCCAGUCGGAGAGCGUGCGUGACGUCCAGUUCAGCAUCCGGGACUACUUCACCUUCGCCGCCACCUUUGAGAACGGGAACGUGCAGCUGUGGGACAUCCGCCGGCCGGACCGCUACGAGAGGAUGUUCACGGCCCACAACGGGCCCGUCUUCUGCUGCGACUGGCACCCGGAGGACAGGGGCUGGCUGGCAACAGGCGGCCGGGAUAAGAUGGUGAAGGUGUGGGACAUGAACACCACGCGGGCGAAGGAGAUUUACUGCGUGCAGACCAUCGCCUCCGUGGCCCGGGUGAAGUGGCGCCCGGAGUGCAAGCACCACAUCGCCACCUGCUCCAUGAUGGUGGACCACAACAUCUACGUCUGGGACGUACGGCGUCCCUUCAUCCCCUCCGCCAUGUUUGAGGAGCACAAGGACGUCACCACGGGCAUUGUGUGGCGUCACCUCCACGACCCCUAUUUCCUCCUGUCGGGCUCCAAGGACAGCACCCUCUACCAGCACAUCUUCAAGGAUGCCAGCCAGCCCAUCGACCGGGCCAACCCCGAGGGGCUGUGCUACAGCCUCUACGGAGACCUGGCCUUCGCCGCCAAAGAGAGCCUCAUCUCCUCCGACUCCAACCGCAAGCCCUACAUCGGGGACCGGCGUCACCCCAUCUUCUUCAAGCGCAAGCUGGACCCCACGGAGCAGUUCGAGUACAUCUCCUCCUCCAGCGCCCUCAGCGUCUUCGAGACAGACGUGGAGAGCGGCAGCAUGGACUGGUUCGUGCACACCGCCAAGCAGUACGCGCUGGCCGGCAGGCCCCUGGCCGAGCUCUGCGACCACAACGCCAAGGUGGCCAAAGGCUUGGACCGCAACCAGGUGGCU